CAGAGAACCUCCUCGCCUGCUGCUGCUGAAUCCACAGCCUUUCUCCCAGCCUCCUCACCAGACGGUCUGUGACCUCCAGAUCAACAUCUAUCCAUCCAUCUAUCCAUCCACUCCACUGGAGCAGCGCAGCUCCUCCAGACCCCUGGGCCCUGGGACCACUUCUCUCACCUCCCUCCGUCACCGCCCCGCCACCACUCUCCAUCCUAUGCACCACCCCUCUGUCCACCUGUCCUAGAGUACGCUCUCGCCCCUCACUGCCUAGCGCCCAACCCCACAGAGCCCGCCCCAAGCCCCAGCCAGCCCCAGCAUGGAUAAGGUGCAGCACACGAUGCGCUCGGCCAUCCGCAGAGCCUCCAUGGCGGUGGACGUGCCCCCCCAGGCCAGGCAGAACAUGCAGGAGCUCUUUGUCAACUUCAGCCUCAUCCUCAUCUGCCUGCUGCUCAUCUACAUCAUCGUGUUGUUGAUGUGA